UGGUCAAAUGUAAACCAUAGUUGCCUUUGGCGUAUUCAGUAUACAGUCAGCAGCGCGGUUACGAACAGCACCAUGGAGAACUAUAGAUGUGCGAUGCUACUGUCAGCGGUAGGGGAUGCGAUGGGUUACAAAAACGGAGAAUGGGAACAGAAUCCAAGUGGUUGUGAAAUAAUGAAGGAACUGGAUAGUUUUGGAGGAUUCGGCGCUAUCAGUCUUGAGGCGGACACUUGGCCGGUAUCAGAUGACACCAUAAUGCACAUGGCAACUGCCCGUGCGCUCGUAGAGAAAGCAAAUAGCAAGAAAGACGAGUUGUUUAGUGAGAUGGCUUCAUGUUAUGUUGAUGCCAUUGAAUCAGCUUCUGCAAGACGACCAGAUCCAUCCUACUUAGAGGGAUGCGCUUCGUUACGUCCUGGUAGAACCAUGGGGUGGCAUGUUCCAUUUAAUCGACAUGGUACAGGUUUCGGUGCAGCAAGUAAAGCAAUGUGUAUUGGCCUUGUAUAUUGGAAACCAACUCAACAAAAGGAAUUAAUAAGAAUUGCUUUGGAAAGCGGAAGAAUGACACACAACCACCCUUUGGGUUUUACCGGUUCAGUUUGCACAGCUCUGUUUACAUCAUUUAUUCUGCAAUCGAAGCCGAUCGUGACGUGGGGUCGAAGUAUUCUAUCCUCGUUUGAUAUUAUGAAAGCCUACUGCAAGAAAACAAUACGAAGCAACCAAGAGUACAGAGAGCAUUGGUGCUACUUUGAAACCAAAUGGGAAAUAUAUCUCAAGCAAAGAGGAAUUCUGAAUGAAGGAGAAGAUGUUGUGAAAUUUCCUCCAAAAUAUGACAUGGAAACUCGAGAAAAGAUUUAUAAGUCUUGGAGUUCAGAGGGUCGAGCAGGAAGAAGAGGCCACGACGCCCCAAUGAUCGCAUACGAUGCCCUCAUGGUGGCGCAGCAGAGCUCCGGCAACAAGUGGCAAGAGUUGUGUUACCACGCCAUGAUACACGGAGGAGAAAGCGACUCCACAGGAUGUAUUGCUGGCUUCUGGUAUGGUCUUAUGUACGGAUUGGAAGGAAUACCGCUAGGCCAUUACGACCACAUUGAAUUUAAAGAUGAACUGGAGGAAUUGGCCGCCAAAUUGUACGAAACAUCGCGGUGAGGUCCAACAUGCCAACUUUAAUAUCAGACCAAACAAAAGAAGGCGCUUUGAAGUUUGAUAAAGGCCCUAUGUCUUCGCUACGUCGUGAGUCGUUAACGUCUUAACGUUUACAACUUCCACCAUUGUUUACCAAUAAACCACGAGUCACAGCUUUG